AUGGCCUUCCGACUGGCUUUUAUGCUGCUGCAAGUCUUGCUGUCCUUGGCGACGACCGGAACCGGCAGCGGCCUCGUAUCGGCGACCAAACUGGCCGUCGAGAAUGAGGAUUUCGCAGCACCUUCUUUCAUCCGCCGCCCGGGACGUCGACUGCUGACCAGCAGCAAACCGGGUUUUCCUUGGUGCAAAUGCGAGGCGUACGACUGCACCUGCAAUCCGUACACCCUGUUACCUGUGCAGCUUGUGCAGCGGUCGAAGCCUGUCCUAACUUGCUUUCGCGUGGCCUACAUCGGCUGUGACCCCAAUCUGGCGUGUUGCCGAGGGCUCACAGACAGCGUGCAGAAGUUAGCACUGGACACGAACGCACAGUGUGCUGAUCGGGCUAAUAUUUACGGUGUAACGGUCAACGGUCAAAUACACUACUCAUGGGACACUUACGUGUACGACACAGGUUACGAGUUGAAGAUUUACAAUCUGCAGGCCAGCAACGCCACCUUUCCAGGCAGCACCAUUUGCGUUUUGGGUUACCCCGCGUGCUCGACUUGGGCGGACCUGUGCAGAGGCUACCCGGCACGGGGCUGCAGGUAUGCAUUUGUGGACACGUCGGAAUCCAAGUACUGCCCCGUCUGCCGCCUGAACCCGCCACCAGCACCGCCGACUUUACCGCCCUCGCUGCUGGCUGGUCCCAAAGCUCCCCAACCGCCAGAGCAACCACCACUGCCGGCUUGUGCGAUUUGCGUUUUUAUCAACAUUUACCCCCCAUCGAACCUCACCGGCAGCAGUGCUUUUUUUACUUUUGGCAACGGUGCCAGUUGCUCAGAGCUUGGCGACCUGAUCAUUGCAGACACCACCUCCAACGCAGCGGCAGUGAACGUGACGAUCUCUGUGCCAUUUACGAGCUGCGACCCCAGGUACCCGUGCUGUCACAUGGACUUCGCCAAGGUGGAGAUCCCAAUUACCUGGGCCUGUAAGCCAGCUGUCCAGGAGAUCAGGGUUGCCGGAAAGAAGAUUUCGUACAGCUGGUCGUUCUACGAGGAGUUCGUUACGCUGAAAUUUACUGGUCUGCUGAAGUACCUGCCGCAACCCGUGGGUGCCCAAAUCUGCUGGGGGGUGGCGCCAGGCGCGUGUGCAGAUCCCGCCAAAUUCUGCCUGUACGGCAGGUGUCAGGUGAACAUAUACUCGGUUGACAACAAAUGCUGCCCAGCCACCUUCGUCUCGUAA